CUGUCCGUGGCAGUAGAGCGCGGCGCGGACAGGCCGCAUGUGCUGUGAACUGAGCUCCAGUGUGCUCGUGUUCAUUGUCAGCUGUAAAACAUCCCGCAGUCUCCUUUAACACAUUGGCUUUUCAUUCUUAGCAAAAGAAAAGGUUAAAAGAAAGAUGCCUAAGAAGUCAAAAGAAAAGGCUGAGUGGGAGGGUGAUGAUGAACCACAAACAGACAAACAUGUCAAAAAAGGCAAGAAGGAUAAGAAAGACAAGAAGAGUUUUUUUGAGGAGCUGGCAUCAGAGAAUAAACCAGAAAAAGAACAGCCACCAGUGAAAGAGGUGCAAGGAAAGCAGCCUCAGAAGAAGAAGAAAGACAGGCGGAAAGGAAAACCAGGAGACGAUGAAGAUGAUGAUGAAGAUUCAGAGGUCAUGCAGCGUCUCAAGAAACUGUCAGUCCAGGCUAGUGAUGAGGAGGAGGAAGAAGAAGUUGUUGUUCCAGCCAAAGGAGGAAAGAGAAACAAAGGUGGCAAUAUAUUUGCUGCACUGAGCCAGGGGCAGAGUGAUGAUGAAGAUGAUGAAGCUGGUGGUGAUGAUAAUGAUGAUGAUGAUGACAAACCCAGAAGCAAGAAGAGCUCUAAGGAAGUUGAGAAGGUAGCCAAGGGAAAGAAAAAAGAUAAGCCUAAACCUAAGCCAAUAAAGGAGGCCUCAGAGGACGAGCAAGAUGAAGGUGCAGAGAAAAAAGAUGAAAAUGAAAAGAAAGGAGGGAAAAAGGGCAAGAAAGCUGCUGCAGCUGCUAAACCAUCUAAGGAGGAAGAUGAUAUUGAAGAGAAAGAACAAGAGAAGUCCCAGAAAAAGGGCAAGAAGGAACCACCCAAGAAAGGGAAACCUGCUCGUCCUCCUCCGAGUGAUGAUGAUGAAGAGGAGGAAGAAAAGAGUGAUGACAAUGACAUAAUGAUGAGCGCAGAGGAUGCGAUUGCAGCUCAGGAAGCCAAGGAGAAACAAGAUGAUGACCCCUUUGCUAACAUGAGUAAAAAAGAGAAGAAGAAAAAAAAGAAAAUAAUGGAGUAUGAGCGUCAGGUGGCGAGCGUUCGUGCUCAGAAUGCUAUAGAAGGAGAUUUCUCUGUUUCUCAGGCUGAGCUGUCCUCUCGACAGGCCAUGCUGGAGAAUGCUUCAGACAUCAAGUUGGAAAGAUUCAGCAUUUCUGCUCACGGUAAAGAGCUGUUUGUUAAUGCAGACCUUCUGAUUGUUGCUGGAAGACGAUACGGUCUGGUUGGGCCAAAUGGGAAAGGGAAAACCACUUUACUGAAGCACAUUGCUAACAGAGCUCUUAGCAUUCCUCCCAAUAUUGAUGUCCUUCUUUGUGAGCAAGAGGUGGUGGCGGACGACACUCCUGCAGUUCAGGCAGUGCUGAAGGCCGACACGCGCAGACUGAAGCUCCUGGAGGAGGAACGGCAGCUCCAGAGCCGCUUGGAGAAAGGAGACGACAGCGUGUCGGAGAGACUUGACAAGGUAUAUGAGGAGUUGAGGGCGAUUGGAGCCGCAGCAGCUGAGGCUAAAGCUCGUAGGAUCUUGGCUGGUCUUUCUUUCACUCCAGAGAUGCAGAACAGACCCACCAAGAAGUUCUCUGGUGGUUGGAGGAUGAGAGUGUCACUGGCUAGAGCGCUGUUUAUGGAGCCCACUCUGCUCAUGCUGGACGAGCCCACUAACCACCUGGACCUGAACGCUGUCAUCUGGCUUAACAACUAUCUGCAAAGCUGGAAAAAAACACUCCUAAUUGUGUCCCACGACCAGAGUUUCUUAGAUGACGUCUGUACAGAUAUCAUUCACUUGGACAAUCAGAAACUCUACUACUACAGGGGCAAUUACCUGACGUUUAAGAAGAUGUACAUCCAAAAACAGAAAGAACUCCAAAAGCAGUACGACAAACAAGAGAAAAAGCUGAAAGACCUGAAGGCUGGAGGAAAGUCCACCAAACAAGCUGAGAAACAGACGAAAGAGGCUCUGACAAGGAAACAGCAGAAGGGGAAGAAGAAAAGCCAGGAGGAGGAGAGUCAUGAGGCCACGGAGUUGCUGAAGAGACCCAAAGAAUAUACUGUCAAAUUUACCUUCCCCAAUCCUCCGCCGCUCUCGCCGCCAAUUCUUGGCCUGCACAGUGUUGACUUCGGUUAUGAAGGCCAGAAGCCUCUCUUUAAAAAUGUGGACUUUGGAAUUGACAUGGAGUCUAGAAUUUGUAUUGUUGGGCCCAAUGGAGUCGGGAAGAGUACACUGCUUCUGCUUUUGACUGGGAAAUUAAAUCCUACAAAAGGAGAGAUGAGGAAGAACCAUCGAUUGAAAGUAGGUUUCUUCAACCAACAGUAUGCCGAUCAGUUGAACAUGGAUGAGGCCGCCACAGAAUACCUGCAGAGGAACUUCAACCUCCAGUACCAGGAUUCCAGGAAGUGUCUGGGUCGCUUUGGGUUGGAGAGCCAUGCACACACCAUCCAGAUUUCCAAACUGUCUGGUGGACAGAAAGCCAGAGUGGUAUUUUCUGAACUCUCUUGUCGGCAGCCUGACGUCCUUAUCUUGGAUGAGCCCACAAAUAACUUGGACAUUGAGUCAAUUGAUGCGUUGUCAGAAGCCAUCAAUGAAUAUAAAGGAGCUGUGAUAAUUGUGAGCCAUGAUGCCAGGCUGAUCACAGAGACCCAGUGCCAGCUGUGGGUGGUGGAGGACCAGUCAAUCAACCAGAUCGACGGAGACUUUGAAGACUACAAGAGAGAAGUGCUGGAGGCCCUUGGUGAGACCCUGGUCAACAAGCCUAAAGAGUGAAGCACGGCCGGUGUUUAUUACAGGAGUGUCAAACUACAUCACUGAAGGGCUUUUUGCUGCGUCUACAUUGCUACUUCUCAAUAGAACCAAAAAGUACCUGCAUGCAAACAUACAAACCCUACAGCUGCAGGACGAGUGAAAGCUGACGCCAGAUCAGUAUUUUCACAUGCAGGGCUUGUUCUUUAGUCAUGAUGUCUGGCAUUCUUGUGUUAAUCUUACAUUCAGGUCAUGUAAUCACCAGCUCUGUUCAUCUUUCUGAUGCAAUGCUAUUAAACCUGCUUUGUAACUGAUCGCCACAGUGGGAAUUUAUCAAAUGUGAACAGAGAGGACUAGAAGUGUGCCGUGUGAUAACGGUGUCUGACUGCUAAUGCUAUUUACUAUUAAUGCCACUUCAUAGUAUUGGCUCUUGCGUUCACAUCAUUAUAUUAUCAUUGUGCUGACAUACUGAACCAGCCUCAAACUGUUUCACCCUCACCUGUGUUCAUACAGUGAUGCAUCUGUCUAGAAUUAUGAAAUAAGCAGGGCUGUUGACUCAUUGGGUUUGGAUAGAAACCGAAAUUUAAAUGAUUUGAAAAAGCAAAUAAAUGAUUUUUGCAAUAAA